AGACGUUAUUCGAGUACACAGCUGCUGGCUCUUUAUUUUCUUCGCGGCAUCGCUCUAGUAAAGUUGUUUCAUCUGUGCUGAGUCGCAAAAGUUUUCUUUGUUGUUACACAUUGAUCCGGUAUUGUAUUCGUGGAAUAGUAACAUCCAGCAAUUUACUUCCUCGUGACCACUCGAAAAGAAUCAUCUAUUUUCUCUGGAAAUUCUUUUACUUUUUUUGCCUCACUGACAAAGAUGGAUGAUCCUUACAGUUGCAUCCUGUUCCGCUAUGCCAGUCAAAAUUCACUGGAUGAGAGCUCCCAGAAGCAAAUACCACGACAAAAUGCCAAAGAUAAGGCGACUGGAUCCUACAGAAAUCAACAACAUACAUCCCGAUGCUUCGAGAAGAUGAACGAGAUGAGGAGGCAAAACCUCCUCUGCGACAUAAUUCUCGUGGCUGAAGAUAUUGAAAUUCCAGCGCAUAAGAUGGUCCUAGCAUCUUGCAGUCCUUACUUUUAUGCCAUGUUCACGGGCUUCGAGGAGUCUCGGCAGGACAGAAUAACUCUCCAAGGAGUUGACUUCCAUGCCUUGCAGCUUCUCAUUGAGUACGUGUACACUUCCGUGGUGGAAGUGACAGAGGAAAAUGUUCAGGUACUCCUCACAGCUGCCAAUUUGCUACAGCUCAAUGAUGUCCGGGAUGCCUGUUGUGACUACCUACAAUCCCAACUGGAUCCGAGCAAUUGCCUGGGAAUCCGGGACUUUGCCGAUAUGCAUGGCUGCAUUGAAUUACUGAAUCAUGCUGACGCUUAUGUAGAGCAGCAUUUUGCAGAGGUUGUCCAGUUCGAUGAAUUCCUCAAUCUGACGCACGAGCAGGUGGUCAAUCUCAUUUCCAGCGAUAGGAUCUCAGUGCCAUCGGAAGAAAAGGUGUUUGAGUGUGUAGUAGCUUGGAUUAACUACGAUGUCACCAUGCGUCAGCAAUACCUGGCUGCACUGAUGGAGUACGUAAGGCUACCGCUCCUAUCCCAGGAAUAUUUGGUGCAGCGAGUGGAGAAGGAACCUCUGCUGAAGGGUGACAUUCAGUGCAAAGACUACCUCAUUGAGGCUCUCAAGUAUCAUCUGUUGAAGGGAGAGAUAAAGGCUUCAUUCAAGACUCCUCGAACAAUUCCUCGGCAACCCGUUGGACUGCCCAAAGUACUCUUGGUCAUCGGCGGGCAGGCUCCAAAAGCCAUUCGUUCAGUUGAGUGCUAUGAUUUGCGAGAGGAGAAAUGGUACCAAGCAGCUGAAAUGCCCACAAGACGCUGCCGUGCAGGACUGGCAGUUCUCGGGGAUAGGGUUUAUGCUGUUGGUGGAUUCAAUGGAUCUCUCAGAGUUCGCACAGUUGACGUCUAUGAUCCGUCAACAGAUUCCUGGUCAACUUGCAAUAGCAUGGAAGCACGGAGAUCAACGCUUGGAGUUGCUGUACUAAAUGGAUUUAUCUAUGCGGUGGGUGGUUUUGACGGAUCAACGGGACUUUCAUCGGCUGAAUUCUAUGAUCCACGUAAGCAGGAAUGGCGAAUGAUAGCAUCGAUGUCGAUAAGGAGGAGUUCUGUUGGUGUGGGUGUGGUGAAUGGUCUUCUGUAUGCUGUUGGGGGUUACGAUGGAGCAUCUAGGCAGUGUUUGGCCAGUGUUGAGCGGUACAAUCCUUCAACGGAUGAAUGGUCUCAAGUAGCAGAGAUGAAGGCUCGCAGAAGUGGAGCUGGUGUUGGGGUUUUGGAUAAUAUUCUGUAUGCCGUUGGUGGUCAUGAUGGACCAUUGGUAAGGAAGUCCGUUGAGGCUUACAAUCCUGAGAGGAAUGUUUGGUAUCCAGUGGCAGAUAUGUCAUUUUGUCGAAGAAAUGCUGGAGUUGUUGCUCACGAUGGUCUUCUGUAUGUUGUUGGUGGUGAUGAUGGUACAUCGAAUUUGUCGUCGGUUGAAGUGUACUGUCCGGAAACGGAUACAUGGCGUACACUGACGGCAAUUAUGGGUAUUGGUCGUAGUUAUGCUGGGGUAUGCAUCAUUGAUAAGCCCAUGUGAAUAGAGCAGCAGGGCGCAGCGGCGCGGUAUGCAAAUUGUGGUGGUGGUGAUGAGGAGAAUAGUCAAGCGGAGGGGUGUGGCAAUGAGGGUGCUGUGGGCUAUGCCCAGAACACUUCCCAAAUUAACCAAAAUGCUCCAAUUCACUCCUCCAAUCCACACUAUGAGAACAUCUAUGAGUCCAUUGACCAAUAUGCUGCCGCUCUAGCUGCCCCUGCUGCCCCAGAUGCCCAUGAGGCUGCUCAUCCAUUUCGGAUACAACCACAGCGUUCAACUGGCUAUCGCAAUGAAUUGUACGAUCGCACAGCCGGCUAUGAUGUUCCACGGCAGCUCCGUGGGAGUUUUGCCAGCAAUACCACCAGCAACACCCGAAGGGCUAAUCUGCACCUAGAUCUCAAUCCUAAUAGACCUAGGUACACCUCAGCCAGUCGACCGCAUCGACAGAGGAGUUUCGAUGAUACCGAAUCCUACCACUAUAACAACUACAUCCGCUAUGAGAAUAUCUAUGAGCAGAUCCGUGAAGAUCCCAUCUAUCGGCAAAGUAGCUCAGCUUCAGGUUCCAGGGUUUAUGGUAGACUGGAUGUCAUUGGACAUGGAAUUGGGAGGAUUGAGCGCCAUCUGAGUUCCUCAUGUGGAAACAUCGAUCAUUAUAACUUAGGAGGCCACUAUGCUGUCUUAGGACACUCGCAUCUUGGCACAGUAGGCCAUAUUAGGCUCAAUGCAGCUGCAUCUGGGAGCAAAUGUUGCGACACCAAAGAUGCCACAAAUGGCGUCAAGAGCAGCUAUAGCUUCUUCAGUUGCCUGGGCGGUGAGAAUUCUCAGAGUAUGAACAAUAUCUAUCGAGCUGCCAAUGGCGGUACAGCUCCCAGGGAGAAUUCAGCUCCAGUUGGUGGAUCUUUCCCAACACAGAGACCCACAGGAGCUAUUCCCAAGCAUACAAAGAGCAAGAACAAAGCCUCAGCAUCCAAUCACAAUUCCACCCUCAAUCGCAUCUCAAAAUCUUCUCUGCAGUGGCUCCUGGUCAAUAAGUGGCUACCGCUAUGGAUUGGUCAGGGACCUGAUUACAAGAUAAUCGACUUCAACUUUAUGUUUUCGCGCAAUUGUGAAGGAUGCGGUGAUGCUGGGAGCCAUCAACAGGGUUUGGUGCGCUUCAAUGGACAAGCCGAGAUGCGUCCAAGGGCUGAGACAGAAGGACAGCGUCCAGGAAGGAUUGUUUGCAAUAAUCAGUCUGUGGCUAGGGUUCGGGAAUGUGAAUAUGGCAACAGGAGGGACAAUUGGUGGCCAGAAUCACCAAAAUUGGGAACUUAUGAUGUCCCCCGGGCUCAUAGACAGCAAUCACCGUUCUUAAGAGCACGAUCUGAAAGUCCGAGCAUCGCUCAACGCCCAAAUAUGGCUGAUCCCUUCCGGAACUGGGAGCUCAACACUGAAAAUAAUAGCUUCAGACCAGCAAAUGGCAGAGUGAGAGAUGUUAAGAGGAUUACAGAUGGAACUUUCCGCGUGAAAGACUACAAAGAGUCAAAAGUAACUGCACAAUCUGAGAGAUCAUCCUCUCCAGUUCCAUCAACUUCCCGUGGGCCUGUAAACAGAGUCAAUGUGUCUUCUGACGAUGAAAAAACACCUUCCCAGGCUAUUCUUCCGCCUGGAAAGUCCAAGACCUGCGACGAAAACCCCUCGUCAUCAUCAGAAUCAAUGAGAACAGCCGAUAGAGAUGCAAUGGAGGGCAGUAGUGAUGAUUCUCUGGGAGCCACAGCUUCUUGCCAACAAAUCUCUGAUGUGAAUUCUGACAAUGCCGAAGAGGAUCAAAUAGAUGAUGAUGAUUUUCCGGAGAGUGAUGAAGUGACUCCGACAGAAUCAAAAUGAAAUUAAGGUAUAGAGAACAUUUUCCAUUUACCAUCUCUCCCCUUGACUAUAUACCCCCCAAGAAGAAGAAAAAAAAGAUAUACUUUGUGAGAAAAAAAAAACAUAACGGGACGAAUCAGAGCCAAGAGAGUCUGCGAAAGCGCAAAAUUUAGAGUUGUGAUGAUUUCAUUAUGGGGAAACGCAAGUAGAGGCCUAUCUUAUUAAAUUUUGAGCAAGCUCUCUCUAUCCGGAGCUGAAGAUUAUGAUUGCAGACUUGAGAAAAAUAUUUAACAGGGAAGGGGCAAAGCAAGAAAAAAAAAACAGCAAGAGGUAACGAAUUUUUCUCAUAAUAAAUCUCAUUAUUCAACCUUUUUAUCCAUUCGUAUACUUCAUACUUUUUCACUUGUAAUAUUUUCUUUUAAAAAAAAAAAUCACAUACUUCUAAUGGAGUGUGUAACA